CUAAGGGUGUAAGUAUUCAUACGCGAAAGUUUGCAAAAUUUAAAUAUAUUUCCAACAAAAAAAGGAAUAAAGAAAAGAAUCACUAUGAAAUUCCUAUUUAACAUAAUUUGCGCUUUUCUAUUAAUUAUCACUGUUGCCCACGCAAACCAAGACAAUAAUGAAAAUUGCCCUAAAAUCUGUCAUUUGGAUUAUGUGCCCACUUGUGGUUUCAAUGGCCAAUGCUAUACAAUCUUUGGCAAUGCUUGCGGCUUGAAGGCAGCUAAUUGCAAUGCUAAGACCAAAUUUCAACAAGUUGAACUCGACGAAUGUUCUAAGCCUGAGGUGCGCAGAUGUUAAAAUUAUAAUCUUUGAGUAUUUGAUUUUACAUAUAUAUAAAAAGUGUCACAAUAACGUGUUAAUUAAACUUUUUUUUUUUUUUUUUCUCUCUUUUUGUGAUUAUAUAACUCUUAAGUAAUAUAUUGUAAUAUAUUUAACGUCUCAUUAUAUUGUUCAUGAAACUUAA